AUGCCGAAUCCAAAGCCAAUUCUCAUCUCGGGCGGUGGCCUCUCAUCUCUUCUCCUCGGCCAAUCCCUGCUCCGCUCCAAGGUCCCUUUUCAGAUUUUCGAACGAGAUGCAUCCUUCAUCUUCCGCGCACAAGGCUACAGACUACGCCUCUCAGCCGAGGGCCUCGACGCCGUGGAAUCGGUGCUCAGCCCCGAAAUGUGGGAUCUCUUCUGGGACAAGAGCGGCAAGACGGGCGGCAUGGGAUUCGCCUCGCUCAACGCCAUCACCGGCGAGACGAUAGAGGAGAACCUGACUGUCGGCAGCAGCGGCCUGUCGUCGCGCGGCGGCAAGGUGGUCGGCAUGGCGCGCGGCGACAUGCGCCAGCUAUUCGCAAAGGGCCUCGAGGACCACAUCCGGUGGAGCAAAAAGGUGACGGGCUACGAGCUGACGGACGACGGCGUCCGCGCCGUCUUCCAGGACGGCUCCAAGUCGGACGAGGGCGCCAUGCUGAUUGCCGGAGACGGCAUCUACUCCAAGAUUGCGCAGCAGGUGUCGGGCGGGAAGCUCAAGACGUACGACACCGGCGCGCGGGGCAUCCACGGGCAGGCGCCCACGACGGCCUUCAAGGGUCUCGGCGAGGGCGUCUUUGCGAUUCGCGGGCCCGACGGCGUGAGCAUCAUCACCAACGUCCGGCCCGGCGAGAUGGACGACGCCAGCCUCGAGUUUGGCUGGACCAUGUCGGGCCGCCCGGGGACCAUCAACGCGCCCAACGACGACUACAGCAUCGUCGGCGGCGAGGCCGCGGCCCUGGCCAAGGACCUCGUCAAGGACUGGCACCCGCGCUUCAAGCCGCUCGUGGAGCAGAUGCGCGCAGAAGAGGCCGCGUUUUGGAAGAUUACCUGCUCCACGCCGUCUGGCGUGCCGGAGUGGCCCAACGCGCCGCGGGUAACGGUCAUUGGCGACGCCGCGCACAGCAUGACGCCGGCAGGCGGGCUCGGUGCCAACACGGCGCUGCGAGACUCGGCUCUGCUGGGCCGCCUGAUUGGCGAGGCCAAGGGCUUCAAGGAGGGGCUCACGGCGGCGUAUGAAAAGGAAAUGCGUGUAUACGGCAGCGAGGCGGUGGGACAGAGCUACGGUUUGGCGAGCAAACAGUUUGGCAUUCACAUUGACGAGGACAAGACAAAGCUGGCUUGGUAG